AUGGGCAAAAUUUUGCAGAAAAAGAAGAACCGUUCCGGCCUCUCCAAGGCUAAGGCGAAGAACAACCGCCUCAAGAGCGGCAACAAGAAAAUCAACGUGCUAGGCAACGCCAUCAUCGCCCAGAACUGGGACCGUGAUUUGACCCUUACACAAAACUACAAGAAGCUCGGUCUACUCCACAAGCUCAACGCCCCUACCGGCGGGAAUGAACGAAUCCCUGGGCGCACCGACCUCGCAGAGAAGUCGAACUCGCUCCACAUCAAUGGUAGCGCCGUUGCCGCUGCCCACAUCGAUCUGGGCGAGACGAAGGUUGAGCGUGACCCGGAGACUGGCAAAAUUCUGCGGGUAAUCCACGACGAUGACGAGAUCGAAGUUGCAGGGCGCAAGCGCCGGCGUGCAAACCCGCUCAACGACCCUCUGAACGACCUGUCCGACAACGAGGACACUACCACCCCCGGUGCACCCAGCACACAUAUCGUGCAGCAGCUGGAGCGCCAGGCAGACCUGGAGGGACAGGGUGAAAAGGCCAAGAAGCCGCGGCAUCAAAGCUCGCGCGAGGGCGAGUGGAUCUCACGGUUGAUUGAGAAGCACGGGGACAACAUCGCGGCUAUGGUUCGUGACCGCAAGCUGAACCCCAUGCAGCAGACCGAAGGCGAUAUUCGGAGGAGAAUCAGCAAGUGGCAAAAGGGCCAGGCGUGA